GCCAUCGUGAAUUUCAAUUCGAAGCUUGACGCGACAGCAUCUUGCCUUUCGUAUUGCGACCCGACCUGCCAACCGACCCCUCAAUCGCCAUCCCUGCGUCCAUCCAAAGUCAGGCUCCGAUUCAAUCCAUUCCGAUUUCCUCUUCUCCACAACUGAAGCCUGUUUGGGAGCUACAGCCGUCAUCAUGGGCAAGAAGAAGCGCAGCCAUCCCGACGUGGAGGAGCUCCUUGCGCGGCCGUGGUGUUAUUACUGCGAAAGAGACUUUGAGGACUUGAAGCUGCUUAUCUCGCACCAAAAGGCAAAGCACUUCAAAUGCGACCGAUGUGGUCGCCGAUUGAACACAGCAGGCGGUCUCGCCGUGCAUAUGAACCAGGUGCACAAGGAGAGCUUGGACAAGGUUGAGAAUGCGCUGCCGAAUCGUGAUGGCCUAGACAUUGAAAUCUUCGGCAUGGAAGGUGUCCCGGAGGACAUGCUGGCCCAGCACAGGACGCGCAUCAUCACAAACUACUACGAGGCUCAGGAGGCCCGACGCGCCGCCACAGGCAACCCGCCGCCGGGGCAGUCGGGUGGUCAAGGCCCGGCCAAGAAGAUCAAGAUUGAGACACCAGAGGAGAUCAAGAAGCGGUUGGCCGAACACAAAGCCCGCCGCGCAUUGGGACAAACGAAUGGGAACCCUGGCUCGGAUGUACCAAACCCUGCCCAAAGCGCAAGCCCGGGAUCAUUUACAACGCCCUUCAACGCCCCUCCUCAGUACGGCCAGCCUGGAUACAACAUGCAACAGUACCCGGGAUAUCCUGCUUCGACUCUGCCUACAAGACCUCCUGGGGUUGGUGCUGCAGCUCCACAAGCACUUCCGCAAAGGCCGCCAUACGGUGCUCCUGGAUUCCCACCUCCCGCAGGUGCAGGGAUGCCGUCUACGCUCGAUGACCUUGUCUCUGGUGCCGCACAGAGUGCGGGUGGUCGCAGUGGUGAUGAUAUCGACAAGAUGAUAAGGCUAGCUGAGGCUGGGGUCAAGCCGGCAGGCGAAGGCGCCGCGGACUCCAAGGGCAAGAAGGACAAGAGCUCAAGGAUGAUGGUCGCGAACUCGACGUUCAGCUUGGAGGAGUUGAUGGUACAACAAUGGACAACCUCAGCAGGUGCGGCAAUAGCCGUAUGAAUCUGUUGAGUGUUGUAUGGCCUUUAAUAAUUGUAACAUUUGUCGGAGUUUGGGUGCAGAAAAUGUGGCAAUUGAUUGGGCUUGCUUUCUUGCCAACCCUGCCGUUGGUUGUCUUGUCCUGAGUCUAUGUCUGCUCACUUGAACUGCUUCACAGGCAUUCGACGAUCACAGGUCGAGAUGAACCGAACUCUUUACAGGCAGAGACCGCGGUCCCAUCAUGUUACUGCCUUGACUGAAGCAACUGACGCAGAACCGUGAAUGAGAUGCUUUCUAACAGUAUUACAUCCUCUAUCAAUUCGAGGCGAGAUGUCUUUCGGUACAAGAUCAGCCGAUGAUGCGGGUACAACUUGCACACAAUUCGAGAGAACUUGACCGCUAGCAUGCACGGGUGGACAAAAUCUGGUUCAGAUAUGUCGAGCAAGCCUGGUUUGUGGAUUUUUCUUGCCCGGCUAAAUACACUGCUGCAUGUUGGGGCUGCUUUUUGAGGUCACAUUUCCCCGCAUCGUCUAUCUUCCCCCAGCUUUAAGCAAUUAUACCACAUAUCAACUUGAAGCUAUGAAUUUUCUCA